AAAAAUGGCUCUAGCGCGGCCGCCGCAGCUUUGGUUGCUCGCAGCUCGGUUGUUUCUGGCGCCUCGACGGAACCUGGCGGUUAGUGGGACCGACGAGCCCCUUCCAGUGGUGCGCAUCCCACGGGCUCUACAGCGGCUGCAGGAACGGCGGCAGAGCGGGCGGCGGAGCUCCUCGCGGCCUGUACUGGUGCGACCUGGCCGGUUGCUGAUCUCGGCGCGGCGGCCGGAGUUCAACCAGCCGGCGCGCCUCACGCUGGCUCGUUGGGAGAGCGCGCCACUCGCUUCUCGUGGCUGGAAGAACCGACGCGCCCGCUGGGACCACUUCUCCAUCGAGCGCGCACAACGCGAGACACCAGCAUUGCGGAACUUCUCGUCCGAAGGCACCUUCGCCGAUCUAGGUCUGGAGCCACGCGUACUGCGCGCACUGCAGGAGGUUGCUCCCGAAGUCGUUCGGCCCACUACGGUGCAGUCGAGUACCAUCCCCUCAUUACUUAGCGGCCGCCACAUCCUUUGCGCAGCAGAAACUGGCAGUGGCAAGACUCUCAGCUACCUGCUACCCCUGCUUCAACAGCUCUUGGGCCGGCCAGGCCGGGACCCCGGCAGUAUCCCUGCUCCCCGAGGUCUGGUCCUUGUGCCUUCGCGAGAAUUAGCCGAACAGGUGCGGGCCGUGGCCCAGCCCUUAGGCAGAUCCUUGGGACUCCAGGUGCAGGAGUUAGGGGGAGGGCAUGGCAUGAGUAGGAUUAGGCAACAACUGUCCAAACUACCUCCAGCCGAUGUACUGGUGGCCACUCCAGGGGCUCUGUGGAAGGCUCUGAAACGUCAUCUGAUCAACUUGGAGCAGCUCUCCUUCUUGGUACUGGAUGAGGCAGACACACUAUUGGAUGAAAGUUUCCUGGAACUGGUGGACUACAUCUUGGAGAAGAGCAAUAUAGCAGAAGGCCCAGAUGACUUAAAAGACCCCUUCAAUCCCAAAGCUCAGUUGGUGCUGGUAGGGGCCACAUUUCCCAAAGGUGUAGGCCAGCUGCUGAGUAAAGUCUCCAACUCAGACUCUCUAACCACCAUCACCAGCUCCAAGCUCCAUUGUAUUAUGCCUCAUGUCAAACAGACAUUUAUGAGGCUGAAGGGAGCAGAGAAGGUAUCUGAGUUGGUGCAGAUCCUAAAGCAGCGUGACAGAGCAGAUAGGACUGGCUCCUCAGGAACUGUUCUGGUGUUCUGUAAUAGUUCCAGCACUGUGAACUGGCUAGGAUAUAUUCUGGAUGACCACAAAAUCCAACACCUAAGGCUGCAGGGACAAAUGCCAGCCUCAAUGAGGGCAGGUAUCUUCCAGAGCUUCCAGAAGGGGUCCCGAGACAUACUUCUCUGCACAGACAUAGCCUCUCGGGGCCUGGACAGUACCCAUGUGGAGCUAGUUGUCAAUUAUGAUUUCCCCCUCACCCUGCAGGACUACAUACACAGAGCAGGAAGGGUGGGCCGAGUAGGGAGUGAGGUGCCAGGCACCGUCAUCAGCUUCGUUACCCAUCCCUGGGAUGUGAGCCUCGUUCAGAAGAUUGAGCUGGCAGCUCGCCGGAAGAGAAGCCUUCCAGGACUAGGGUCCUGAGAACCUUUGCCCCAGUUGACAUGAAUGUGGUGCCAUAACAGAUCUUUCCCUAUGUGCUGGAUGGGUGAGCACACUUGUCAGUAGGACACUCCCGGCUGCCUAAUCACCUCCCUGAAGGUCCAGUGAGCUGCUGGCCAGCAUUGGAAGGUGAGCUACUGAGCAUGGCUCACUGUAGUCUUUCACAUGAAUUGUGAAAAAUAAAGUAGAUUUUGGCUUUA